AUGCUGUCCAUCGGCCGCGGCGUGGCCGCCUGGACGGCCGAGUGCCAGCACCAGUUCCGCCGGCACCGCUGGGACUGCAACGCCCUGGAGCGGGGGCAGCGCCUGCUCGGCCGCGUCCUGCUGCGCAGUAGUCGAGAAUCUGCUUUUGUACACGCCAUCUCCUCUGCUGGAGUUGUUUUUGCCAUCACCAGGGCAUGUAGCCAAGGGGAGCUGAAAUCCUGUUCCUGUGAUCCCAAGAAGAAAGGCACUGCCAAGGACAGCAAGGGCCAUUUUGACUGGGGUGGCUGCAGUGACAACAUUGACUAUGGCAUUAAAUUUGCCACAGCCUUUGUGGAUGCCAAAGAACGGAAAGGAAAAGAUGCCAGGGCACUGAUGAACCUUCACAACAACAGAGCUGGAAGGAAGGCCGUGAAGCGGUUUUUGAAACAGGAGUGCAAAUGUCACGGUGUGAGUGGAUCGUGCACUCUAAGGACCUGCUGGCUGGCCAUGGCAGACUUCAGGAAAACAGGAGAUUAUCUGUGGAAGAAAUACAAUGGAGCAAUUCAGGUGGUCAUGAAUCAAGAUGGCACGGGUUUCACUGUGGCUAAUAAGAAAUUUAAGAAGCCAACUAAGAAUGACCUAGUAUACUUCGAGAGCUCUCCAGACUACUGUAUCAGGGACAGGGAUGUAGGGUCCCUCGGCACGGCUGGUCGGGUGUGUAACCAGACCUCCCGCGGCAUGGACAGCUGCGAGGUGAUGUGCUGCGGGCGGGGCUACGACACCUCGCGCGUCAGCAGGAUGACCAAGUGCGAGUGCAAGUUCCACUGGUGCUGUGCUGUGCGCUGCCAGGACUGCCUGGAAGUGGUGGACGUCCACACCUGCAAGGCGCCAAAGAGCGCUGGCUGGAUUUCCCGGACAUGACACGCAGGCUGCUGAUGCUGAGGAGCGCGGCCUUUGCCCUUCCUGGGCCAUGCAGGGAAUGCAUCAAAGGUCUUUUUUGUUUUUAUGCCUGUUUUGCCUUUGUUGUUCAUUGCACAGAAGCUGCUGAAAAAUUGAUAUAAACCCUGCAGCAUUUACUCUGCAUUUCUGCAUGACAAUGUUGCUGCAGAGUUGUCUCUGCUUAAACUGAUGCAGCUCUGGAAGGAUGUACUUAUGCUAAGACUCUUCCAACCACAAUGUAACUCUCUUCCAGAAUCCUUGUGGCAAUUCAUUCCUGCCAUCAGAAACACAAGAAGAUACAAAAUACAGCACUUUUACAAGAUCACCACCACCAACCACAUGGGCUGGGCUUGCUCAAGCAACUUCUGAAGGAUCUUGGGCAGGUCACAGUUGAGCCCUGGAUACUGAAUGGCUCAGGAGUUUGAGCCAUUGGUUGCUGAUUUCCCCAUUAAAAAAAAAUUUGCAGCUAGAUUGGUGAAAAACUUUACUGGAAGGACGUUUGUUCAUCCCUGGUGGACUGGAGUUUGCAGUAAGGUGGCUACCUAAGGCCACCCUAGCCACCAUUAGCACACUGUGGCUUCCUGUAGGGCAGGAGUUGGUCCAUGGCCUAAAACAAAGGAAAUUGCAGGAGAUGUAUUCAGCCAAAAACUGAUGAACUAUUAGAGUGAAAGCAAAUGUCUUAGUUACAUGUUUGUGGAAACCUGCCUUAAAAGCUUUUAAAAAGUAAUUAACUGCUGAGAAUUUUUUUUUUUCUGACAUGAAGGAUUGAAGAAAAUGGUUUUUCACCCUAAUGAAAGCUGGGUACAGGACACUCAACUACCUAAGGAUAAGGUUUCCUCCUUUUCACGUACACAAUAGUGGAAAAAUGUUUGCAAAAAGUGAUGAAGAAGGAAAUGCCUUGCCUCAUUAAUGACUUGGAUUCUGAAGAAGUUAUCAGUUUCUAUGAUCUUUUAAAGUUAAUAAAUCUGUUAAAUGUGCUCAAAAUUAUACUUUCCACUCAGAUGGAGACAUCCAAAUUAGACUUUUUUCUGCAUGUUUUCUGCUAAACUGCAUGCCUGUGAUUUGGAGUAUAUUGGCUUGUGAUGGAGGCAGCUGCAGGUUGUGCCAGGUUCCUGUGCAGGACUGGGAUCAGCACAAAACAACAAGCUGCUAUAAAGAUGUGCAGACCCAGAAAUUGGAGCCUUGGUGGAGAGGAACUGGGUCAGAGAGGGACCAGCUGCCUCUCCUCAGGGCAAAGAUCAGCAACAUGAACCAAGAGAAAAAUGGGUUCUGUGCCAGUAAGUAUAAUAAGGCUCUGAAAAAGCACCCAUGAAGAGUAGAGACAGGCAAGGUAAUGAAAAAAUAAUGUAGGAAAAGGAGGUUGAAUGAGUGAUAGAACACAUUGUAGAUGAAGGUAAAAUUUCAUAUGAAAAUGAAAUAGACUGGAAGAAUCCUAGCAGGUACAAACACUGCAGGAAAAAGUAAUAUCCAAGUAGCUAACCAAGGCAAUAAAGUGAAUACUCUGGAUAUGUUUUGUUCUUGGAACUUUCUGAAAAGAUUGUUUAAAAAUAAGGGGGUUUGGCAUUAAGUGAUCUUGAGGGAGCAGUCAUUUACAUCUGCAAGGCUUUCAUAAAAGUCUGUAUCAUUAAAAUGGGUAAUUAAUCUCCAGAAGGCACAGCUGGUGUUAAAAGAUUAGGAGGCUCUAGAAAGUUCUUUAUUUGGACAAUAAGAUAUUUCAGUUACUGUAUGUGGAAAUGAUCAUGGCUAGAGGUAACAAUCAUCACACUUCUGUCUAUAAACCAA